AUGCGUUCCGUCUUCGCUCUCGGCAUUGCCGCCUUGACUGGCCUCACUGCUGCUCAGUCAACUCCUCAGAUGAACUAUCCUUACACAAUCGACCCAGACACCGUUCCACAGUCCACCAGAGAUUACUGGUGCUCUCAGAACGUGGCACAAUGCCCUCUCAUCUGCCUCCAACAGCCUGGCGUCAACUCCAUGAGCACAGAGUCAAAUGACUGUGAUUCCGACAACUUGACCUACAACUGCGUCUGCGACAACGGCGUCUCCCCAAACAUUACCGAAUACUCCCAGACCCUGCCCUUCUUCAUCUGCCAGCAAUGGGGAAACAACUGCGUUGACAACUGCGGCAACGACGCUGCCUGCCAGAGCGCCUGCCGUCAGGACCAUCCAUGCGGUGCCCAACAGCCCUACCGCGGCAACACUUCUCUCCCCACCACCAUGGCCUCCACCGCAAAGCCAUCCGGUACCGCCAGCAACACCAUCCCAGUCACUGGUUUCGGUGGUGCCGAGCCCACCGGCAGCAGCGGCAGCGACAACAGCGGCAACAACAACAAAGGCGCCGGCUCCCUCUUCAUGCCCAACGCCGGUCUGGGUCUGGCUGCUCUCUUUGGCAGUGUCUUUUUCGGCUUUGCCGUUCUCUUGUAA